AUGGCGGCCGCGGCGUCUAGCUCAGGAGUGGCGGCUUUGAGCGUCAAUUCGAGGCGAUCAACACCCUUCCCUGCCGCCGGUAGAGUGCGGGCCCAGGUCUCUAUCCGACCCGAGACCCGUGCCUCAUCCAUCGGCCGGCCAAGCACCUCUUCUGGACGCAGAUCCCAGAGAGCCAUGUCAAUCGGAGCUAGGGAAUCGGAGGAAAUCAUAUGCGCUCUAAGCGAGGGGCGAGGAAUCCCUCCUACCGUUGGCCUUUGCUUUGUUAACCUAACGACAGGUGAAGUUACCCUUAGCCACAUUUGCGACAACCAAUUUUAUGUCAGAACAGUGCACAAGCUGCAGGUGUACGAGCCAUCGCGGAUCUUGAUCCUCGCUACUGCCUGUCCCCCUUACCCCAAGUCUACACUGUACUCGCUGGUUGAGGAACAUGUAAUCGGCCCUCAGUUGAUCCCUGUUGAUCGCCGGUACUGGUCUGAGGCAGCGGGACUGGAGCAUAUCCGGGAUCUUGCCACUAAAGAAGAUGCAGAGGCAGUCAUGGUGGCCGUCGAGGGCAAUUACUAUACCACGUGUUCCUUCGCAGCAAUAAUGGCCUAUUUGGAAGCAGAGUUCCAAAUCAUGAUCCAUCCACACUCUCUUCGAGUGCAAUACCAGCCAUCUGAGGAUACCGUGAUGGUUGACAUCUCGACCAUACACUCUUUAGAGCUGAUGCGCAAUAUCAAAGAUGGCAAGGUCAAAGGUUCCCUAUAUGGCGUCGUCAACGCAACCUUGACGCCGAUGGGGGCUAGGAUGCUACGGUGCAACCUUGUCCAGCCUUCAACGUUGAAGGAGUCCUUUUGGUCCCCAGAUAUGAUGCCGUCCAAGAAUUCGUUUCGAACGAGGAGAUGUUUGCUUAUGUACGAAAAGGACAUUCUAGCCCACGUGGAAAACCUAAAAGAUUCCCUCCAGCUUGACAUUAGUCUGAAAUUUGAUAAUAGCCGACUAUUCUACCUCAGAAUCAAAGCUGGGGACUUGGAAGGUCGCGAAGUACCUGCUUUUGUCCCCAACGACUACUAUGCCACGCCUCAGUAUCGGUUCCAAAUGAUUACUGGGCCCAACAUGAGCGGAAAGAGCACGUAUAUCCGCGCAGUGGCCCUACUCCAAAUCAUGGCCCAGAUUGGCAGCUUUGUUCCAGCCGAUUACGCCGCUUUCAGGAUUGUAGACAAGAUUUUCGCGAGGGUUACAACAGACGAUUGCAUCGAGUCUAAUCUUUCUAGUUUCUCAGUCGAGAUGCGCGAAAUGGCCUUCAUAUUACAGUGCGUAGUCUGA